CGACUACCACGACGGGCCUUUGUUGUCGCCACCGAGGGACGAGCCCGCAUCCAACCGCGCGCGCGCUGGCACCAUCGUAUAUGUGCCGAUGCGAGUCGCUACCAUAGCUUCAUACCCACACGCCCGAGUUACCAAGGCGGCCGUCUGUGUGCGCGCGCGUGCAUUGCAUCUGUAGAGCGCGAAAGAGGCGGAGCAAUGGACAUUGACGAUUUGCUAGCCGAAGUCGCCGCCGAUUCAACGCCUCAGGAAUCGCGCGAUUUGCAGGAGCUCACAAGAUGUUGGGUUGCUGAGAGAGCUGCUCCCGAGGUCUUGCCGUGGCCGCGAGACCUCAUGGAGCGCGUGCUGGAGCGCAUCAGCAAGCAGAUUGAGCUGGUUGAAGACCAGACGGGCAACAUGGAUCCCAAGACCAACUUCAAGCUCAUCAUUAUCCAAACCGAACUCGAGCGCUUCAAGUUCCUGGUCCGCAGCCUCUUGAGGGCACGGAUAAAAAAGAUCGACGCCCAUCCCUUACACAUCCAAUCGCUGCACACGGCCUCACUCGAAACACCCUUUCCGCUUCUGUCGCCCUCGGAGUACCGGUACCUGACUUCGCACCAGGCCCUGCUCGCCUCACAUUACUCGUCUUCGUUCCUCUCCCAGUUCCCGGCCUCACUACAGCGUCUCGACGACACUACAGGCGGCAUUAGCAUGGUGGACAAGCCAGAUGAGGAUAAAGCCGUGUUUGUCAGGGCCCUUAGAGACGUCGGUGAGAUAUUUGUAGAGGGCACGGAUCGCCGAUUUGAAAUGAAGAGGGGUGAUGUAUGGGUCGUCAGGUGGAGUGCCGUUAGAGCUUGGUGUGUGGGAUGUGGCACGGGGGAUGUGGAGUUGAUCUGAGGGACAUUGAUAACACACAUACAAAAAAAAUUUCCGGACCUCGGAAAUGUGGAGAGAAGAAAUUCCCUCCCAAGUUGCGCAUGGAUCCCUGGUAUACGAUACGAACGCCUUGUCGGAGCGCAUACAUUCGUAACC